AUGAGCAGUGUUGUUCCCUCGAGGAGGAUUGUGAAUGACAAAGUGGGCUCCAGUGAAGAUGUCAUUUCAAGCUCUGUGACAGAGCAGAUCUCACAUCAAGACCCCGACAAGCAGACCAACAAGGAGACCCUCUCAUUCCUACUCCCCCUCCCUCAUCUUCAGUCAUCUUUACCUUCACCAGUCUCCCCUCCAUCAGAUCAGGCCUAUCUGCAGGCGUCCGCCAUCUUCCAGCAGCUGCGUGAGGAGAAGCCAGUCCCACUUCAGCCGCUGCGUUAUGGGGAGAAAACAGACACACCACUGCCCGAGAGCGGAGACAAACCCACACUGAGACGGGCCUACCAGCUCGCCUUCAACACGCUCAAAUACCAAGAUUUACUGGAGGACAUCAUCACUGACAGCUGCUUCCACACAUCACAGCAAAUUUCCGCUGACUUGUUGCCCCUGGUGAUGGUGAUGCUGUUCGACUUCCAGGACCGAAAGUUUAUGUUACGUGAACAAACAACAAAGGAACAAGAAGAGCCUCUACAGGAAGUCAGGGAGCUGGAGAGGAGUCUGUACAAGCGUAAGACCAAGCUGGCAGCAUCUCUGGCUCGGUGCAGGGUGAAACUGAAUCUGCAGAGCGUCUCCUGUUUUCUUUCUGAUUCUGUCAGGACCAAACAGCAUCGAGCAAAAUGUCUGCCCCUGUACGCAUGGGUCAAUACGCUGAAGACCAGUGUUGAAGAAGUGUGUGAAGCGUUGCUCGUUGCUGGCUUAUGUGAAGGGGAGAACACGGCUGACCUGAAGGACUUGGCGUUCUGCAGGGACUCGCUCUGUCCAGACACUCUCGUCUUCUCCCGGCAGCUUCUGGCUCUGCUCCAGCACAGCAGCCUCACUGCCACACAUGCACUGAACAUACAGGACAGGAGUGUGUGUGUGGCAGUGAGCGUGUUACGCCCCCUGCUGUUUGAUAACGGUGACGUCCUGGUGGUGGGGUCUUUCUCAGCUGUGACCGUGGCUCACAUAGCUGUGGUGGCCAGUGCCCGCUCAGGCCAAGUGUUGGUGUGUGGUGCCAAUCACACGUCCUCUCAGGUGGAGGAGAUUCAGGGACUGCUCAGAGACAUGGACAUCAAGAAUGUGCGGAUCCUGUCAGAAGCAUUCUGUGGUUUGAACGAGUGGGACAACACCGUCCAGCGUCUGAAGGUCAUCAUCGUUCUACCUCAGUGUUCGUCCUCGGCCCUCAACGACCCCGUACCCACAAUACACAGCGAAUAUGGAAACUGGGAUCUGCUAUCAGACUUGUCUCACGGUUCUGUAGCCCAACGAAAAAUACACAUGAUGGCCGCCCAGCAGGUACGACUACUGGCGCACGCUCUGACCUUUCCGAAGGUUCAGACGGUGGUUUACUGCACACGUUCAGUGUAUCCUGAGGAGAACGAACAGCUGGUGAAAAGAGUGUUAGACAAAACACACACUCACCACAAACUGCUGCCCUUCAGGGUGAACGGUCCAGUUUUCCCAGUGGACUCAGAGUCAGGAGACGCAACAGACAAGUUCUUCAGACUCGAACCGUCUCAGUUCACCAACGGCUGCUUCGUGGCCAGACUGUCUCGACAGGCUGAUCCCACUAAGGUGGAAACGGUGCAGGACGUGCUGGCAAGGGCAGCAGCGAAGGGCCUCCUGGGUGGAAUAUUACCAGAGCAAUUAAAAACUGGGAAGAAGGGGAAAAGCAGGAAGAACCGUGAAUCCCCCUCUGGCCAGGAGAGGCAGGAAGGGAGCGAGCGAGAUCCACUCGCACCUUCAGAGCCUGAACAGGAGAAAGACGACAAGCAGCAGCCUAAAAAGAAACCAACGAAGAAAAAAGGCAAAGAAUCACAUCACGCUAAACGUCCGACAAAAAGCAAACAAAGACGAAUACCUCGUCUCACGCUGACGUUGAUGUCCUCAGAGAAAACAUCCAACCAGUUGUCCCCCAUGACAGCCCUGGCACACAGGCUGAGUGAGAAUCCGGGGAUCAGGUCUCAACAGACGGUGUCCAGCGCCCCUUCCUCUGCUGGGAAACACCCCUCACCUGCUCCAACAGCUCCAUCCACUGCACCUGCGGCCUCCAGGCAGCUGCAGGGACAGAACACGCAGCCUGAGAGGGAAGAGAAAACAUUCAAGGUUGGAGACAAAUCAGCGGGUCUGUUAAAGGCCUGGGGGAAAGUGGACGCACCACAGGAAGUGAUGAAGGCUGCUAGAGGCUCUGUCCUUCCACCCAUUCCAUCCCCUUCCUCUGGAUCUCUACGCAGCAGGACUGGUAGUUCUCUGUCCCACACGUCCCACUCUCACCCCAACAACAUGUCCACGUCCUCCUCCUCAGUCUCUCUGCCUGGAUUGUAG